AGUUCCUUCUUCCGAAGCGUUGCUUUUGUAGCAGAAGAACUCAAGUGUGUAAGACACAAACCAGACUAAACCAGAAGAGAUAGAGAGAUCUCUUCCCUCAAUUCUCAAUCUCCUCUCUUAUCCUCGUCUCUUUGAUUACAACUGUUGGAGAAUCCGGCAGCCAUAACAAAAUGGCUUCGCUUGUGUAUUCUCCAUUCACUCUAUCCACUUCUAAAGCAGAGCAUCUCUCUUCGCUCUCCAACAGUACCAAACAUUCUUUCCUCCGCAAGAAAAACAGAUCAACCAAACCAGCCAAGUCCUUCUUCAAGGUGAAAUCCGCGGUUUCUGGAAACGGCCUCUUCACACAGACGAACCAAGAGGUCCGCCGUAUUGUUCCGAUCAAGAGAGACAACGUUCCUACGGUGAAAAUCGUCUACGUAGUCCUCGAGGCUCAGUACCAGUCAUCUCUCACUGAGGCAGUCCAAACCCUCAACAAGACUUCGAGAUUCGCAUCCUACGAAGUCGUUGGGUACUUGGUUGAGGAGCUUCGAGACAAGAACACUUACAACAGCUUCUGCGAAGAUCUUAAAGACGCCAACAUCUUCAUCGGUUCUCUGAUCUUCGUCGAGGAAUUGGCGCUUAAGGUUAAAGAUGCUGUCGAGAAGGAGAGAGACAGGAUGGACGCAGUUCUUGUCUUCCCUUCCAUGCCUGAGGUAAUGAGACUGAACAAACUCGGAUCUUUCAGUAUGUCUCAAUUAGGUCAGUCAAAGUCUCCCUUUUUCCAACUCUUCAAGAGAAAGAAACAAGGCUCUGCUGGUUUUGCCGAUAGUAUGUUGAAGCUUGUUAGGACAUUGCCUAAGGUUUUGAAGUACUUGCCUAGUGACAAGGCUCAAGAUGCUCGUCUCUACAUCUUGAGUUUACAGUUCUGGCUUGGAGGGUCUCCUGAUAAUCUUCAGAAUUUUGUUAAGAUGAUUUCUGGAUCUUAUGUCCCGGCUUUGAAAGGUGUCAAGAUCGAGUAUUCUGAUCCAGUUUUGUUCUUGGGCACUGGAAUCUGGCAUCCUCUUGCACCAACCAUGUACGACGAUGUGAAGGAAUACUGGAACUGGUAUGACACUCGAAGGGACACCAACGACUCACUCAAGAAGAAAGAUGCAACAGUUGUGGGUUUGGUCUUGCAGAGAAGUCACAUUGUGACCGGUGAUGAUAGUCACUAUGUGGCUGUUAUCAUGGAGCUUGAGGCCAGAGGUGCUAAGGUUGUUCCUAUUUUCGCAGGAGGGUUGGAUUUCUCUGGCCCCGUUGAGAAAUAUUUCGUAGAUCCGGUGACAAAACUGCCCAUUAUAAACUCUGCUGUCUCGUUGACCGGCUUUGCUCUAGUUGGUGGACCUGCAAGGCAGGAUCAUCCCAGGGCUAUCGAAGCCCUAAAGAAGCUUGAUGUUCCUUACCUUGUGGCAGUACCACUGGUGUUUCAGACAACUGAGGAAUGGCUAAACAGCACACUUGGUCUGCAUCCUAUCCAGGUGGCACUGCAGGUUGCCCUCCCUGAGCUUGAUGGAGCCAUGGAGCCAAUCGUUUUCGCUGGUCGUGACCCUAGAACAGGGAAAUCACAUGCUCUCCACAAAAGAGUGGAGCAGCUCUGCAUCAGGGCGAUUCGAUGGGGUGAGCUCAAAAGAAAAACUAAGACUGAGAAGAAGCUGGCGAUCACUGUUUUCAGUUUCCCACCUGAUAAAGGAAAUGUAGGGACUGCAGCUUACCUCAACGUCUUUGCUUCCAUCUACUCAGUCUUGAAAGACCUCAAGAGAGAUGGCUACAAUGUUGAGGGACUUCCUGAGAAUGCAGAAACCCUUAUCGAAGACAUCAUUCAUGACAAGGAGGCUCAAUUUAGCAGUCCUAAUCUGAAUGUAGCUUACAAAAUGGGAGUCCGCGAGUACCAAGAGCUCACUCCUUAUGCCAAUGCCUUGGAAGAAAACUGGGGGAAACCUCCAGGGAACCUGAACUCAGACGGAGAGAAUCUUCUGGUGUUUGGCAAAGAGUACGGUAACGUUUUCAUUGGCGUCCAACCGACGUUUGGAUAUGAAGGUGAUCCCAUGAGGCUGCUUUUCUCCAAAUCAGCCAGUCCUCAUCAUGGUUUUGCUGCUUACUACUCUUAUGUAGAGAAGAUCUUCAAAGCUGAUGCAGUACUUCAUUUUGGAACACAUGGAUCACUUGAGUUUAUGCCCGGGAAGCAAGUGGGAAUGAGCGAUGCUUGUUUUCCAGACAGUCUUAUCGGUAACAUUNCGGAAGAUGAUAUUUCAUCUCUUCCUUCUAUAUUAGCUGAGUGUGUUGGAAGGGAAAUAGAGGAUGUUUACAGAGGAAGUGACAAGGGUAUCUUGAGCGAUGUAGAGCUUCUCAAGCAGAUCACUGAUGCCUCGCGUGGUGCAGUUUCAGCCUUUGUGGAAAAAACGACAAACAGCAAAGGACAGGUGGUGGAUGUGUCUGACAAGCUAACCUCUAUUCUUGGGUUUGGAAUCAAUGAACCAUGGGUUGAGUAUUUGUCCAACACAAAGUUUUACCGGGCGAAUAGAGACAAGCUCAGAGGAGUGUUUGCUUUCCUUGGAGAGUGCCUGAAGUUGGUGGUCAUGGACAACGAACUCGGGAGUUUAAUGCAAGCUUUGGAAGGGAAGUACGUCGAGCCAGGCCCUGGAGGUGAUCCUAUUAGAAACCCCAAGGUCUUACCAACCGGUAAAAACAUCCAUGCCUUAGAUCCUCAGGCUAUUCCUACAACUGCAGCAAUGGCAAGUGCCAAGAUUGUGGUAGACAGGUUGGUAGAGAGACAGAAGCUCGAAAACGACGGGAAGUAUCCCGAGACAAUCGCGCUUGUUCUCUGGGGAACUGACAACAUCAAGACAUAUGGGGAGUCUCUCGGGCAGGUUCUCUGGAUGGUUGGUGUGAGACCAAUUGCUGAUACCUUCGGCAGGGUCAACCGUGUCGAGCCUGUGAGCUUAGAAGAGCUAGGAAGGCCUAGGAUCGAUGUUGUUGUUAACUGCUCUGAUCGCCCGGAAGAUGACAUUUCAUCUCUUCCUUCUAUAUUAGCUGAGUGUGUUGGAAGGGAGAUAGAGGAUGUUUACAGAGGAAGUGACAAGGGUAUCUUGAGUGAUGUAGAGCUUCUCAAGCAGAUCACUGAUGCCUCGCGUGGUGCAGUUUCCGCCUUUGUGGAAAAAACGACAAACAGCAAAGGACAGGUGGUGGAUGUGUCUGACAAGCUAACCUCUCUUCUUGGGUUUGGAAUCAAUGAGCCAUGGGUUGAGUAUUUGUCCAACACAAAGUUUUACCGGGCGAAUAGAGACAAGCUCAGAGGAGUGUUUGCUUUUCUUGGAGAGUGCUUGAAGUUGGUGGUCAUGGACAACGAACUCGGGAGUUUAAUGCAAGCUUUGGAAGGGAAGUACGUCGAGCCAGGCCCUGGAGGUGAUCCUAUUAGAAACCCCAAGGUCUUACCAACCGGUAAAAACAUCCAUGCCUUAGAUCCUCAGGCUAUUCCUACAACUGCAGCAAUGGCAAGUGCCAAGAUUGUGGUAGACAGGUUGGUAGAGAGACAGAAGCUCGAAAACGACGGGAAAUAUCCCGAGACAAUCGCGCUUGUUCUCUGGGGAACUGACAACAUUAAGACAUAUGGGGAGUCUCUCGGGCAGGUUCUCUGGAUGGUUGGUGUGAGACCAAUUGCUGAUACCUUCGGCAGGGUCAACCGUGUCGAGCCUGUGAGCUUAGAAGAGCUAGGAAGGCCUAGGAUCGAUGUUGUUGUUAACUGCUCUGGUGUCUUCCGCGAUCUCUUUAUCAACCAGAUGAACCUUCUUGACCGUGCUAUCAAGAUGGUGGCUGAGCUAGAUGAGCCAGUAGAACAAAACUUUGUGAGGAAGCACGCGUUGGAACAAGCAGAGACCCUUGGCAUUGAUAUUAGAGAGGCAGCUACACGAGUUUUCUCAAACGCUUCAGGGUCUUACUCAUCCAACAUCAAUCUUGCUGUUGAGAACUCUUCAUGGAACGAUGAGAAACAGCUUCAGGACAUGUAUCUGAGCCGUAAAUCGUUUGCGUUUGAUAGUGAUGCUCCUGGAGCAGGAAUGGCUGAGAAGAAACAGGUCUUUGAGAUGGCUCUUAGUACCGCAGAAGUCACGUUCCAGAACCUGGAUUCUUCCGAGAUUUCCUUGACUGAUGUGAGCCACUACUUCGACUCUGACCCAACAAACCUGGUUCAGAGUUUGAGGAAGGAUAAGAAGAAACCAAGCGCCUACAUUGCUGACACUACAACUGCAAACGCACAGGUGAGGACACUGUCUGAGACAGUGAGGCUGGACGCAAGAACAAAGCUGCUGAAUCCAAAGUGGUACGAAGGAAUGAUGUCAAGUGGAUACGAAGGAGUUCGGGAGAUAGAG